ACCUCGGGCCGCCCCCGCCGGCGAGCCGGCCCGGGGAUAAAGUGGCGGCGCAGACGCCGCACCCUGUCGCCGCGAAGCCGGCCGCGCGCAGCUCGUCCCGGCCCUGGCCCGCCGCAAACGAGGAUCCGCAGCGCUCGGGGGACGCGACUGCGGCGCUAGUGGCCCGGGUAACUGCCUCCCUGCCCCCGCCCCAGUCCGCCAGUGCCGCCGUCAGGGGUGGGAAGCAGCAUCGGGGUCCCUGACACGCCCGGCGUGGGCUCCGGCGCCCCGUGUGUGCGUGUGUUUGCGCGGUGUGUGUGCGCGCGUGUCCGUGUGUGCGCGUGUGUGUGUGUGCGCGCGCGCCCUCCCUGCUCCCUAGCACCAGCCCCCAAACCAACUUGUCCCCAUCAACUCCAUCUUUCCAGUCCCCACCGUCCCUGGUGCAGACACCCGCUGAACUCCCCUCCCCCCCGCCGGUUUUCCCAGCAGCAUUUCCGAUGACAGCUGCGGGGCUACACGUCCUGUGCUGUCGGAGACGCGCAGGAAGCAAAGUUUGUGAGAAGCCUUGGAGGCGACUUUGCCUCGGGGACUCGCAUUUGUGCGUCUGCGAGCUGCCUCGGUGUGCGCGGAGCUAGUUUCCCAGUUUCCCGGGCCCCUCCCUUCUCCGAGCCCCUCCAGCGAUUUGUUUAGGAAAAGUGAUGACAUGAACUAGUAGUGGAGAAUCGCAGAGCCGCUCCCCGUCCUGGGGAGGGAGGGGAGCCCCGGAGAGCCUGCGGGUGGGAGCUGGAAGCAGGCUCCCGGCUCAGCGCCCCAGCCCGAAAGGCAAGGGUCUGGGUGCGGGAAGAGGGUUCGGGAGCUGCCUGCAGGCUGCCUUGGGGCCGCCCAGAUGAGGGAACAGCCCGGUUUGCCUGUUUCUGAUUCUCCAGGCUGUAGUGUUUGUGGAAUGCAAACGCCAGCACAUGAUGGAAACAGGACCUGAAGACCCUUCCAGAAUGCCAGAGGAAAGUUCCCCCAGGCGGACCCCACAGAGCAUUCCCUACCAGGACCUCCCUCACCUGGUCAAUGCAGAUGGACAGUACCUCUUCUGCAGGUACUGGAAACCCACAGGCACACCCAAGGCCCUCAUCUUUGUUUCCCAUGGAGCUGGGGAGCACUGUGGCCGCUAUGACGAGCUGGCUCAGAUGCUGAAGGGGCUGGACCUGCUGGUGUUUGCCCACGACCAUGUUGGCCACGGACAGAGCGAAGGGGAGAGGAUGGUAGUGUCUGACUUCCAUGUUUUCGUCAGAGAUGUGUUGCAGCAUGUGGAUUCCGUGCAGAAAGACUACCCUGGGCUUCCUGUCUUCCUUCUGGGACAUUCCAUGGGAGGUGCCAUUGCCAUCCUCACGGCCGCAGAGAGACCGGGCCACUUCGCCGGCAUGGUACUCAUUUCGCCUCUGGUUCUUGCCAAUCCUGAAUCUGCAACAACUUUCAAGGUCCUUGCUGCGAAAGUGCUCAACCUUGUGCUGCCAAACUUGUCCCUUGGGCCCAUCGACUCCAGCGUGCUCUCUCGGAAUAAGACAGAGGUCGACAUUUAUAACUCAGACCCCCUGAUCUGCCGGGCAGGGCUGAAGGUAUGCUUCGGCAUCCAGCUGCUGAACGCCGUCUCUCGGGUGGAGCGCGCCCUCCCCAAGCUCACUGUGCCCUUCCUGCUGCUCCAGGGCUCUGCCGACCGCCUAUGUGACAGCAAAGGGGCCUACCUGCUCAUGGAAUCAGCCAAGAGCCAGGACAAGACUCUCAAGAUUUAUGAAGGUGCCUACCAUGUUCUCCACAAAGAGCUUCCUGAAGUCACCAACUCUGUCUUCCAUGAAAUAAACAUGUGGGUCUCUCAAAGGACGUCCGUGGCAGGAACUUCGUCCCCACCCUGAAUGCACUGUCCCGUGCCCAGCUCAGGAUCUAGGGGACACAGGCAGGGGAAGGGCAGAGAUGGCUUUGCAGAUGUGGCUUGCAAAAAACAAAACAAAACAAAACAAAAACCCAGAAAUUGGAGAAAUCCCUAGCACAAUUUACUAAAAAAUAACAAAAAGACUUUUUUUUAUACAUUAGGCUGUUAGACACUGGACCUACCUUCAUGGGUAGACACUUUAUGCAAAAAAAGAGAAAGGUCCCAGGUGAUUUUUCACAAAGAUUGUGCUAAAAUAUCCACUUAAAACAAAGCCAAGCCUCUGCCCUGCCUCUCCCAGCUCCCACAAGGGUUCCAGGGAUCCCUGGUGUUCCCAGGACACCAGACUGCAAUAACUGGAGGUGCCUCCCUCCUGCCCACCCCUUGCUCGAGCCCCAGCGCCGUCUCUCACUGGCCUCCACUUGGUGGCCUUUCUCUGGCCAUGUGAUGAGGUGGCUGCUGUCUCCACAGGGGCCAGCUCCCUGGGGCAGACUCAUGUGCCCCUCUGAGACCCAGAAAAUGCCCAGCACUUCCUCAAAAUGAGCAGCCACCCAUGACUUUGUGGGCUCCUUGUCAGCCCAAGGCCAGGCUUUGUGGAGGGGAGGGGGGUGAGGCUUAGCUCAGAAAAAGAACUGAGCAGGAAACUGAGGCUCUUCUCUGCUCCCUGCCCUUCCCCUCCCACCAGGGGGAGACUCAGGUUGGCCCGAGUACUGUCUGUACUCACAAAGGCUGCUUUCCCUCUGGAGUCACUAAUUUUACCUGAUGCUAUGAGAGAAUUGUAUUGAAGAUGAUAUGUCUAAUAUAUAAUGUAUAUUUUAAAGCAGAGACUAUUUUGGUGGGUAGGUGGGAGGGAGCAAGGUGAAUCUGAGCAAUCAAAGGAAUCGGAGCUUGAUGCUAUUGUAUAGAACUGGACGGGUUGGGCGGUGGUGGAGCCAGAGGGCCCUAUGCUCUAGGAGCUGAGCCAGCAGCCUUUCCUAUGGGCAAGGUCUGGUGCCCUUCCUGCCCUUCCAGGACCAUGGAGCAGUGGCAGCCCAUGGGGAUGUGGUCCCUGGGCCUGGGCCUACCUACGGCCCAGAGCUACCCUGAGAGUGUCAGUGCUAGCAGCACAGCUACCUCUGGUGGCAGGAGAAGAGAGUCCCAGCACAGGGGCAGGCCAGUCCUCCCUGCCCAGGUCUACAUGCAGCACUCAGUGACCCAGAGCAGGGAAUGGAGGUACUCCCAGCCCUGCCCCAGGCCACAGCAGGACACGCCAGGCCAGGCCUCACCCAAGGCCAAGGCUGGCAUCACCUUUUGGAGCCGAGGCCCUAGGCCUAGUCUGCCCUUCUCAGGUGCCAACACCACCCAGUCCUGCCCUUGGCCUCACUUGGUGCCAGCAAUAAGUGGGGGGUCACCGCCUUGGGAAUACUUUCAUCUUCUAAAUGGGACUUGCUCUUACGUCAGGAGGCCCCUUAGUGCAAAUAUGACCCUGGUCAGGGUGUUGCCACCAUUGAAGCCCUGCAGAAGGUGCAAUCUAGGGAUCCUGGGGCCACGGAAGAGGGGGCCACUUCCCACCAGGGCCCCCAACGUGACAUCUAGGCAUCGGGGGCUCCUGCCCUUCUUCCUCCCACAGCAGGAACUGCCACUGCUCUCCCAGGCCCUGUUCUGGAGGCUAACCUUGGUCCCUAGAGAAUGCGCCCCUCCACCCUCCCUCCAGCAGCCCUGACCACACCAUGGCAGAGCCAGGAACAGAUCACCCUGCUGAAGAUCACUCUGUGCCCUAGGGCAGGAGCCAAGCCCUCACUCCACAUGGGGCAGGUGGGGGCCUGGGUGCUGACCCAGCCCAUGUCCCCACAGAGCGCCUUCUGUAGUUUCAUUUUGUCUCCCUGGCUUCUCUUUGAAGGAGAAAAAUGUAAAAUGCAUGCUGAGAGAGAAAGCCAGCCCUGCCUGCUCAGUCAGCCCCGGCAGCAGGACAGCCAUGGGAAUGUUUCUGCUUCUCAGCUCAGGAAAAGCAGGAACCCUUUCCCAAAGCCCAGAGAAGCCCUGGGCUCAGAUCUGUAAUUCUCCCCAGGAGCUGUGAUAGAGCAAGUCACACAAAAGUCCCUACGCCUCCCCGCCGCCUCCCCCAGACGCAUGUGAUGCCAUCGCCAUUCCCCAAAUUAAAUAUCGGCAUGCAGCCUGACCAGGGACUCUUUAGAUGCAUGACUUUAUUUACAUGAAGGCUCUCACAGACACACAUGACACUUCAGUAGUAUUUGCAUUCCUGGUUAAAGAAUCACCAACAUUUAAAAGGAAAACUUUCCUGAAAUUGGGACUCUUUCAUGUCAUCUGGAAGGGGCUGGUACAUCCACCCACCAUGUCUCCCUGCUGGGUCAGGAGCCUGCACAGGGCCCCACACAUGAGCGUGCCUAACAUCUCACGCAUGGCCACUUCAGAGCCAGCCCUGUCUUGGAAAGCCAUGAAGCCUUGAGUUGAGUUCCUUCUCGGUAUUGACAGCUCCGUGCCGACAUUCUGAGCUCUGGAGUUGCACCAGCACAGGGAGAGGGAGGAACUGAGGCUUGGAAGGGAUGCCAGGUCUUGCACAGCUUGGCCUCAAGAAGGUGAGAGGAGGGCAGAAGCCAGGAGGGGAUCCAAAGGCCUGGGACACAGGGAACAACUGCCACUGUCAACAUAGCCCGGUCCAUACAGAAAUGGAUUUCAUGCCUGGAAAGCUUUUUAGAGAAAGAUGCCACCUGCGGCCGGUGACGGCCACAAACCUACUGGCCUUGGUUCCUUGAAGCGGUGAGGGGUAGAGAGUCAGCCUCCCUCCCUUGCAGCAGUGACCCAGCUUCCCUCCACUUCCAGGUGGCUCUGGGCUCACCGUGGCAGCACUGGUGGGUGCUCUGAAAACCCACAGGCUCUGCUCGGACCCCACCCCCAGGCCGACGCAGGUCCCAUCUCACUCUCUUCUCUCACCAAUUGCUAACAUAGACCUUAUUGGGAUCAUGAUGGCUUCACAAGCCAGCUGUCGGGUUUGCUAUGUCACUGCGACUGGGUCACAUCCCCGCGUGUAUACUGUCUGCGGGGCACAUAUGUAUCCGUUUAGAGCUCAAGGAAUCAGUGUACACUACAGCUAAUCCUAAUAAACCUGAUGUUUUCGGAAUGG